AUGCCAAGUAGUUUCCGUAGUCAAGAAAUAAACAAAUUAGACUCGGAUUUAUUUUUUGAGGGAAAUUGGCAAGGGUUGAGGUCAUUAGCGGUCUACCAGAAGGCAAGAUCAGAGGCAUUUGCUGAAGAGGACAUUCAUCCUGACCCACUUUUGGAUGUCCUCUUAAGAUCUUUGAAAGAAAAUGAAGAAAACAGAUACAUUCAUUUUCCAAAUUGCAAAACACUUGUAUACCUGUAUUCCAAAGAUCAAAUAAAAACUUUGGUAAAAAAAGGGCAGAAAUUGGAUGCAUUUUUCGAUGCUACUGGUUCUGUAGUCAGAUCAACUGGUUACGAUCGCGGAAAUCGAAUUUUGUAUUAUUCUUUGGUUGUCAAUGUAGACGGUAUCAUAACUCCCAUUGCAGAACUUGUAACAUCUAACCACAAUUCUGCAACACUCACUUCAUUCAAUUUACAUUUUAAACAUUUUGUACGAGUGUAUUGCCAUAAGAAAUGGCCCAUUUUCAAUGUGAUUGUAACUGAUUGGAGUUUUCCAUUAAUGACCUCAGUCUGUCAAGGUUUCAACGAUGUCACUUUGUACACAUACCUACAGUUAUCGUAUAAAUUUGUUACAGAUAAGGAUGAUGCUAGGUUUUUCAAUUUAAUAAAAUUGAAAUUAUGUUGUUCGCACUUUAUUAAAAUGAUGUGUAAUAAACUUUCACAACUUAAACAGGACCGAAAGAUCAAGGAUAGCAUUGUAAGUGCUAUAGCAAGUCUUGUUUUAUGUACUUCAUUCGAGAAAUUAUUGUCGUAUUUCAAUCAUGUAGCGGUCCUUCUUUUAAGCCCAAUGUUCGAUGAAGACGUAGACAAUGCCAUAGAUGCUCUUGCAAAUCCUUCCACAACAGCACAAGAUUUACUCAGUCUUCGCGAAGAAAGCAGUUCCAACAUUCUAGAUAUCGAUUUUGAGGAAGAUAUAGUUCGAGGGCAAUACACAACUUCUCCAUUUUUCUUGGCAUUUUUCAAAAUUUAUGAGAAUGUUUCACAGAAUAUUGAACUUAAGGAAAAUAUUGAAAAGGAAGAAAAAUUGAGCACCAAUCCCUACAAAUCAUCUGUUUUUUUCAAUUACCUUCUGAAGCGCGUUAUGCCUUUUGCACCAUUAUGGUCUGACAUAAUGCAGUGUGGACGUUAUAGCAACUCAAAUGUGGAAAGCUGGUUCAAAUCAGUGAAACAUGAAAUUUUGUUAGAAAAAACCAAUCUGAAAUUGGGACGUUUUAUAUGUGAAAUUCAAAGGAGGAUUAAAUCAAACCUCGAGACAAUAGAACUUUCCAUAGGAAAAAAACCACACAAAAUUAAAAAAAGAACGAUAGAUGAAAAAAGCAUUAAAAACGCGAUGGAAAUCGAUAAUCCGGCUGCAGUAGAAAAAUGGAAGAAACCCAAAAAAAGGAAACAUUUUUUCACCACAGAUUAUAUGCGUAUGAAUAUUCCCGAAAAAUUAUCAAAGCCUGCUUCCAAUGAUUAUGCCAUCGAAACUAAAACUGAGGGUAACAAAUCAGAUGAAGAUAUAAAAGAUAUAAUACAUUUGUCAGAUUCUAAAGAAUCUCUUUCAUUCUGCGAAUUUGGAAAAGAACAUCCGAAUCAAAUAGAAGUAUCAAUUUCCACACAGCACGAAGUGCCAGCAAAAGAAAAAAAUGAAUUACAUACACAUAGAGAGCAACCCUCAGAUAUUGCUCUUUCAAACGGCUUACUAUUGAGUAAUGAAUACUAUAACGAAGGGUCAAGUAAAGUGUCAUUUAAAUUUGGUACAUAUUCCUACUUAGGGCAAACAAUCACUUUAACCAGUUCUGACUUUAAAACAUUAGCAUCGAAAUAUAACAAAACUCAUGUUCAAUCAGUGACUGAUCGAUGGCUUACAGAUUAUGCAAUCGACUGUACAUCUUUCAGUAUUCUCGCCGACAUCAAAAACAUUUACUAUAUCGAUACUAUUUCUUCAUCGCUAAUUCUUAAUGACAAUAUGAAAUACACAAAUCAUUCCAAAUUUUUGCCAUUGGUGAAGCCCUUGGAUGGUAUCGAUAUUAUUUUACUGCCGUACAAUGUAUUUGACUGCCACUGGAUUUUGAUAGUGCUUUACUUGAAAGAAAACAAAAUAUAUAUUUUAAAUCCAGGAGAAAUGAUGCCUUCCGAAGAAAAAAUAUUUAAAAAAAUUAAAGUUUUUUUUAUGACCAGGGAUCGACAAAAUAAAUAUGAAAAAUUGAAUGCCAGAAAAUGGAAGCUAGACCACAUUCCAUCUUACCCAAAACAAACCGACGGUUAUAAUUGUGGUGUGUUCGUCAUUUACUAUAUAAUGACGUUAUCAAUUCACCAAAACAUAGGCGAUUGUUUUUCAAUAAGCAACAACAGCCAAGAGCUAUUUGAUCCAGAGGCAUUUAGAAUCACAAUUCAGAACAUUCUUUUAAUUUGA